AUGACCGACCCGACCCGACCCGUCACGGGCUACCCGGCCCCGCCCUACGCCCAGCCCAACGGCGGCUACCCAUACUCCGCCAACCCCACCCAAACCCAACCCCGAGGCCCCUACUCCAACGCCUACAACCCACGAGCGACCUUCAUCCGCCGCUUCGUCGGCGCCAUGAUAGCCCUCUUCGUCAUUGUCGGCUGCAUCCUCCUCGUCGUCUGGCUCAUCCUCCGCCCCAAGGUCCCCGACUUCCGAGUCGACUCGCUUUCUCUCUCCAACUUCAACGUCUCCUCCGCCUCACAGUCCGUGACGGGCACGUGGUCCGUCGGCCUCACGGUCUACAACCCCAACAAGAAGCUGAGUAUACGAUACGACGACGUCGAGUCCUCUAUCUACUACGGCCUCGGCUUCAUUUCGGGGACUCGGAUUCCGCCGUUCGCUCAGGGGACUAAGGAUCGGACGUCUGUCAACGCGACUUUCUCGGCGGCGAAUUCGUUCGUUGGCGCUCCGGUGGCGCGCGGCAUCGACGCGGACAAGGCGCGUGGGAGCGUGAGCUUCAACGUGAGGCUUUUGGCUAGGGUUGAGUUUCGGAGAGGUGGGUGGAGGCUGAGGCGGCGGCUCUUGAAGGUUUUGUGCCGUGGUGUGGCGGUUUCUCUUUUGUCGAAAGGCGGGCUGGGUACUUUGGGCGGUGGGUCAAGAGAUUGCCAGGUUGUUGUUUGA